CACACGCAAGUUGCACGCUGCAACUCCACAGAACAUUCACAAUGGCGGCGACACACGAACCUAUGCAGAUUUCACCGAUGCCCACCAUCGAUCCCGACCUGAACGUCUACGAUCGGGCAGCUGUGGUGAAAUCGCGUGACGAAUUCUUCCGCGAACAAAUGGUCCGUAUUCAGGAAGUGACGGUGCUUCGCGACAAGAUGCGCUGGUGUUACAGGCGGGAGGGUGUCAACCAUUUGCAAAACUGCAGACACCUGUCUCAACAGUACCUUGACUUGAUGAAGGAGAUGAGGACCGGAUGGAUUAAACCAUUUAAAUUGUCUGGUCCGCCGAUACCUGAACGUGUACCCACCGCGCAUGAAGCUGAAUGAAGGGUUGGAAUUAGCAGAAGGCAACAUAUGGUAGACUUAUGUACCUCGUGUAUCAACAAUAAAGCAUAUAUUCACAAAAAUGCGCAAUUCGGCUGAGUUGCUAGAGUUUCCGUCUUGUAGGGCGAGCAAAACGUACGAAUCAAUGAUAAACUUGGAACCCCGCUUCGCAUCUACAACCCAAAUUCCAUUUUUGCAUUGCACCCAACCCAGUUUAUGGUGGCCAAUUUGAUAUCUAUAGACAUGAUUGAAAUGUAAAGAUCCCUCAGACUCGAGUAGGCCAAUAAUGACUUAUGUGCGGCAAUAUUGUAUUGUUACAUCCG